CGCUGCUCGAGAGUUAAUGGAGAAACACUUCCUCUUGAGUGCUAAACAGAUUAAUUCUAAAUAUGAAGAAAACUUGGAAUCAGGAGCAAAGAACAAAAGAAUUAAAGAGUAUGAAAUGCAGGCACUACUUGCUUUAGAAAUGGAAGCAGCUAUGCCUUCUGAAAGUACAGUAGAAGAAACCAUUAAAAAGAUAGUAGGACUGCUAAGAACAAUGUCUUUCCUAUCUGGGCCAUCAGUGCUUAAUGAGUUUCUUUUGGAAACUGUGAAAGACAACUAUAGCCACAACCUGAAAGACAUGUUGUUGGAAUUAGGUGAAGAACUCAAUAUCCCAAUCUUUCCUGAAAUUUACUCUCCAGAGAAGCCUCUUAACGACCAGUCCGAAUUUCUGGGGGAAGAUCUCUUUUCAGAGAAGUCCAUUCCAGACUCUGUAUCAUCUGGUAGCACAGCCAGUGGGACCUCUAGACAUAAAACAAGCAGUACCAGUCUGAUGAGACACCCAAGCUUGGUGGAUUUCAAGCAAACACGACAGAUUGUUGUUAGCAAGUAUGGGAAGAAAGAAAAUUCGAGAAAGAAAACCAGAGACAAAAGGACAACAAAACCCUCUUCUAGAAGAUUUUCACCCCGUGUUGCUGCUAGGAAGUCAUCACCUCGUGUGCCUAAAGCUUCUCCAAAAAAAGAAGUAAAGCAAGUUUGUAGGAACUUGUUCAAUACGGCAAAACAACACAGAAGAAUUUCGUUUCCUGGUGGAAAAUAUGACCAAAAAUGCCAAGUUACUACACCUCGAGGUAACCGUGUUUUAAAAACCAGCUUUGUUCCGGAGACACCUUCUCACAGACAAGGGCCACAUGUAGUACUUAGAAAACAGGCACGUCUGCGAAGCUCAACACAAACACUCCUGAACACAGAUGUUGUGGAGGAAUCACCUGACAAAGUUUUGAAGGAAACUGAGCCAUUACUUAAUCAGAGAAGACCUUUCAAAGGAUUAAGACGAAGCUGUUCGUUCUAUGAUACUGAAAUGUCCAAAUCUCGAAACAUGGAGAAAGCUAAUGCUCGCUUGUUAGCCCAACGUAUUCGUGGCUGUAGUGACGUGAGCCCACAUACUUUAUUUUCAGAACUGUGGUCAAGUCCAAAGGUUUGCGUGACUUCUUUUAAAGACAUUCACAAGAUAUCAUCGAACCUCAUGAUCCAUGGGGCUUCUUUGUCAUAUAACCAUAAGACCCCAACUAGAAAGAUGUCAACUUCCAGGACCCAUGGGGCUUCUUCUUCAUCAAUCUUUAAAACUCCUAGUAGAAAAUUGUCAUCAGCCCCAAGUACCCAUGAAGCUUCUUCUCCAUCAACCCUUAAAACCCCUAGUAAGAAACUAUCAUCAGCCCCAAAAGCUCAUGAAGCUUCUCCAUCAAUUCUUAAGACCCCUAGUAGGAAGCUGUCAUCAACCUCAGGGACCCAUGGAGCUUCUUCUCCAUCAAUCCUUAAAACCCCGAGUAAAAAGCUUUCAUCAGCCCCAAGAACUCAUGAGGCUUCUCCAUCAAUCCUUAAGACCCCUAGUAGGAAGCUGUCAUUAGCCCCAAUGACCCAUGAAGCUUUGUCUCCAUCAAUCCUUAAAACCCCUAGUAAGAAGUUUUCAUCAGCCCCAAGAACUCAUGAGGCUUCUCCUUCAAUCCUUAAGACCCCUAGUAGGAAGCUGUCAUCAGCCCCAAGGAGCCAUGGAGCUUCUUCUCCAUCAAUCCUUAAAACCCCUAGUAAGAAGCUUUCAUCAGCCCCAAGAACUCAUGAGGCUUCUCCAUCAAUCCUUAAGACCCCUAAUAGGAAAUUUUCAUCAGCCUCAAGGAUCCAUGGAGCUUCUCCACCAAUCCUGAAUACCUCUCUUUCUCUUUUGGGUUCUCCUAGUCAAAACACACGUUCCAAAACCCCAGCUAAACAAAGUAUCUCCUCUCAAAGAAAUCCGCUCACGCCCACUUCCACAAAAAAAAUACGAAGCAGAAAUCUAUUCCAGGAUGGGGAUUUGUGUGAUGGUGGAAUGCUGAGCCCAUGUAGCAAUGUCUCACCAGAAAUAAAGAAAACCCUAAGAAGCUUUAGAGAAGGUAGAUCUCUUAAUUGUGAUCAAAAUAAAACCUGUGAUAAUGAGGUUCAUUGGUCACCAAAGGUAAUACUCACUCAUCUUAAUCACUUUCAUAGUGACAAGCCCAGUUUGGAGAGAGAAGAAAAUAAGUGUUCAGCUGAUGAUAUUUUUACCUCUCUGUUAGAGGAGAACAUUGAUCCUGGAUCUGGAGUAAUAAAUGAAAAUGUGAAACAAUGGACAAUUAAAACAAAUAAUAAAGUACAAGAGAAUCUGUCUUUGAAACUUCCACGGUUCACUAGGGGUAAAUCUAAAGAAAUGGGUGUGUCCUCUGACUUCUUUACUACUCUGACAACCAAGUCUCCACCAUACCAACAUCCAGUACUUGAAAGAAAAGGAGAGAGUAGUCCAUCUGCUUACAAGACAUCUCUCUCCUGUGUAGAAAAACUAGAGACUCAAAUGUCAGAAUCUGACGUAUUUGGUUCGAGGAAACGCAGUAGCAUAGAUGAGUGUACUACAAAACCACUCCAGAAAAGACGGCGAACUGGAGACAGCUCCCGAAUUAAAUCAGAAGUAAGUUUAUCAACAUACAGUCUUAGUGGAGCUGGUCAGGAAUUUGAAUCUGAUGAAGUGUUUCUUGUAUCACCAUUUAACAAAACAAGAGAUCCUCCACAGAGCCUUGACAACAAAGGGGUAACUCCAAGACGCAACUCGAAGCAAAAUUACACCCCACCAUCAGCCCUGAGCCUCUUACAUCUGACAACAUCCCCUGUGGUCAUGAGAGAGACUAACUCUAUCUCUGUUUCUUUUGAUUCUAAAAAAGACUAUGAAGCCAACAAGUGUAGAGCAAGAAGAUCACUGUGUAACAAACUCCAGAGAUAAGACAAAUUUAAUGUUCUUAUAUAAACAAAUCAACUUUUGGAUCUAUGAUUAUCUAUAGGUUAAGAUGUUUCUUGUUAAAGUAUGUGAAAUGUUCUCUAUGACUCUGAGACACUAUUUUAAGAUAAAAGUAACUUUAUGGUUUUAUUUAGUACUGAAGCUUAAAUUAACUUGUAAAUAAUUAAUUGAAUUACUUGUAAAACAAAAUAUGAAUUGUAUUUUAAGAUCUAUUGUUGAGAUACCAGUGCCCAUAAAGAGAAAUGUUCGUUAAAGAUGUCGACAAAUAAGAAGUGUUUAUAAAAUUACACAAAGUACCAAUACCCUGUAAGGUCUGUACUUGUAGGUAGAAGGAUGUGUGUUUACUGUAUAUAAUAAAACUAUUUUAUAAAUCUAAGUCGUAAGGUUUGUGUAACCGUCAUAACUCUUCCCCCAUCGUUUAUUUUAAAAGCCCAUUUUCCUUUAAAUGUCUCAAAUGAUAAUUUGCAUAGCUUCAAACUUGCAUUUGUAAGGUAGAAAGCCUUUGAAUUAGGGUUAAGGAUUUACUUUUAUUUUAAAAUUAUAUCAGAAAUGUAUAUGUGUUUGACUUUGUUCUAUUUUAAAUUCCAAGACAGUGGAAUUGAAACUAGAAUUCUUAAAAUGAACGUUGAAAGCUAAGUGUUUAGAAAUAGGAACAUGCUGUUUUUAGCUUGAGUGCACGUUUUUCAGUGUGUUGGUUAAUUGUUUUUCCAUCCUUUCCAUAAAGAUUGUGUAUUGUUACUGUAGUUAUUACUUUAAUGCAGGCAGUUUCAGAUGUAUUUGUUGUACUAUUCAACUCGAUGUUCUUAAAGCAUAUCAUAUAUUGCAAAGUACUCACUAAACUUUCCUAGUCUGUGAACUUGGUAAUAUCUUAUAUUUUCUAUAAUAAAAGGUUCAUUGGUUAACUUAAGUGAGCAGUACAAGUCUUGAAACAUGUUAACUGUUUUUAAGUGACACGUGUUUAGUUACAAUGUCAUGAGAGCCGAAGGCCUAGCCUUAAAUAGAUAUAUUAAAUCUUAAUGAGUAAAAAAGUUUUUAGUACAGUUGUUAUUCACAUCAUUUGUAAGUAGUUUUUAAUGAAAUGUAUAAGUAUUUUCACUAUGUGGUAAACAGUUUUAGUACGUGUUAAUAGAGGAAUUAGUUACUGAUGUGUAUACAAUCCUGGUUGGGUAGUAUCAUUACUGACGUUUUUGUUCAAGUCUUUUGGAUAUUCCAGUGAAAUAUAUCUGUAAACAACAUUAAUUAAACUUGAAGAAAGAAAUACAACAUUGUUUGUAAAACAAUGGAGGAAAAAUGGAUUGUUUAAAAAUGUUGCUGGAUGUGUAUCUAGGUCAACAGUUUUAUACUGAGUUUCCAAAUGCUGUAAAUACUAUUACCACAAGACAUGUAGUAUGUUUAUUAUGUAAUACAUUUAUCUUGGAUUUUAUUCUUUGUACAAUUACAUGUUAUUUAACAACAGUAGUGACAUUGCUA